UCCCUCUAUAUAAUGGCCGGCGUGUACCUCGAGUAGCCACCGAGAUCUCAUCUCGCACGCCUCGCCAUCGCUCUCGCUCUCUCUCUCCCUCGCCUCUCUGCUCAAGUCUCCGUUGAAUCGUCGAGAAUGGGUAGCACCACUGGAAAUGAUGGGACCGACUACGGAGCGUACACUUUUGCAAACUUAGAGAGGGAACCAUAUUGGCCUUCUGAGAAGUUGCGGAUUUCUAUCACUGGAGCUGGAGGAUUCAUCGCAUCUCACAUUGCUAGGCGUCUGAAGAAUGAAGGUCAUUACAUUAUUGCCUCUGAUUGGAAGAAGAAUGAGCACAUGACCGAGGAUAUGUUCUGUCAUGAAUUCCAUCUUGUCGAUCUGAGGGUCAUGGAUAAUUGCUUGAAGGUCACUAGUGGGGCAAACCAUGUAUUUAACCUUGCUGCUGAUAUGGGUGGAAUGGGUUUCAUCCAGUCCAACCAUUCAGUGAUUUUUUACAAUAACACUAUGAUCAGUUUCAACAUGCUUGAAGCUGCAAGGAUUAAUGGUGUGAAAAGGUUCUUUUAUGCCUCAAGCGCUUGCAUCUACCCUGAGUUCAAGCAGUUGGACACCAAUGUGAGCCUGAAGGAGUCUGAUGCUUGGCCUGCUGAGCCUCAAGAUGCUUAUGGCUUGGAAAAGCUUGCUACAGAGGAAUUGUGCAAGCACUACAAUAAGGACUUUGGCAUUGAAUGCCGGAUCGGAAGGUUCCAUAACAUUUAUGGUCCCUUUGGAACUUGGAAAGGUGGGAGGGAGAAAGCCCCUGCUGCCUUCUGCCGAAAGGCAAUAACAUCUACUGAUAAGUUUGAGAUGUGGGGAGAUGGUCUGCAAACUCGAUCCUUCACCUUUAUUGAUGAAUGCGUUGAAGGUGUUCUAAGAUUGACAAAAUCCGACUUCCGAGAGCCAGUGAACAUUGGCAGUGAUGAAAUGGUGAGCAUGAAUGAGAUGGCUGACAUGGUACUCAGCUUUGAGAGCAAGAACCUUCCCAUCCAUCAUAUUCCUGGACCUGAGGGUGUCCGUGGUCGCAACUCUGACAACACUCUGAUCAAAGAGAAACUUGGUUGGGCUCCAUCUAUGAAACUAAAGGAUGGCCUCCGAAUCACAUACUUUUGGAUAAAGGAGCAAAUCGAAAAAGAAAAAGCUCGGGGACAAGAUGUGUCUGUUUAUGGAUCAUCCAAAGUUGUAGGAACGCAAGCACCAGUGCAGUUGGGUUCUCUCCGUGCAGCCGAUGGAAAAGAAUGAAUCCAACAUCCAGGAUUUAGUACCGGUAGCUUUAAGACACCGGCAUGGAAGAAAAUACAACAAAGUCAGAGAGUCGAAAUCGGUAGAUUUGCUUUGUGUUAUUUCAUAUCGUAGCAAGUAAGGUGGUGUUUGUUCUGCCUUGUUUGUCGUUCCUCGGAUUCGCCUUGUGUUAAGGUUAAUAUCAUCAUCAUCGUAGAGACAUCGCAAUAGUCUUCGUGCCUAUUCUGAAUCUAAAACGACAUAACAACAAAUAGAAAAGGAAAGGCUAUUGUUGGAA